UUCCCAUCCCACCAUACCUUGCGCUUGACGUAUAAUGUUUUAGAAGAUCUGUGUGGUUUAGAGCUACAAAAAUAUACCUUCGUAAAACUACUGUAGUUUGGUGUUAUAAAUCGAAGCCCUUUUCAAUUGAGUGUUGCUGUUUACAACUAGAAAAAGAAGAGGACUCUAGGUGCGUUAGAGUAGCAUUUAGCCCGUUCUAGCUAUUGGACAUGGACACACUCCAAGGGGCCUAUUCUUCAGAAUCGGACAGCGAGUCGAGUGGAGUAAAGCCGCCCCUUCUCACCACGGCAAAAUCCAGAAAAGGAAUAAAGGAUGAAGAUGACAAUGAUAGCCACCAAAAUUAUAGAGAAUUUGACCAAAGCCAGUCAGUUGUAGAUUCAAAAAGAAGAAAAUAUGUGAAAGAAGAUGAACAUUCAUCUUCACGAAAGGAGAUAGAUGGCGACUCUGAUGUAAGAAAGAGGACCAGUUCAUCAGGGGAGGAGGACCAAAGAGUUUCAAAGGACCGAGAAAGGAAAUACAGGGGACGAUCCCGCUCUAGAAGUAAAAGUUAUGAGGAUAUACAUCCAAGCAAAGGUGAGUAUAAAAGGAAAAGAAGCGAAGGUAAACUUAACAGCCCUGAAAAAAGAGGAAGCCCUGGAAGGAGGAGAAGUCCGGAAAGACGAAGGAGUCCAGACCACAAAAGAAGCCCAAAUCAUAGGAGAAGCCCAGAGCAUAGAAGAAGCCCAGACAGAAGAAAGAGCCCGGACAAGAAGAGGAGUCCUGAAGGAAGAAGAAGCUCAGACCGAAGAAGAAGUCCAGACCGUAGAAAAAGUCCAGACCGAAGAAGAAGUCCUGACCGAAGGAGGAGUCCUGACCAAAGGAGGAGUCCUGACCGAAGAAGGAGUCCUGAUCAAAGGAGGAGUUCUGACCGAAGGAGGAGUCCUGAUCAAAGAAGGAGUCCUGACCAAAGGAAGAAUUCUGACCGAAGGAGAAGUCCUGACCGAAGGAGAAGCCCACAUAGAAAGAGAUCACCUGACCGCAAGAGGUCACCAGACAGGCGCAGAAGGAGGAGCCGAAGUGGGAGUCAUGGCAGGGAUCGGGCAAGCAGAUCUAGUUAUAGUCCAAGGAGAAGGAAAUCAGAGCGAAGCAAUAGCCGAAGUCCACCACCAAGAGGAAGAUAUGAAAGUGGAAAGGGUAUAUGCAGGGCAGUAUUACCACCGCCAGGUAAAGGGAAAGAUGCCAAGGGACCACUAUCAACCGAGGAAGUGGAGGCAAAGCUGUACGCUCACAUGCAAAGAGUGAAGACAAAAGCUGUGGAAGACGCCAAGAACAUGAACUUGCCAAGCUAUUUGAAUCCAGCCAUGAUAAAUGUACAUCAGUUUAAAGCCCAGCAGGAGAAAAGAAAACUUCUUUGGAGCUCAAAGAAGAAAGAGGAGUCAACAACGGGCACUGGGUCCGCAGUUUGGGGACAGCAGACGUUUACAGAUGAAGCCACAGACACAAAGUUUAGGCAGCUGAUGGGAAUAAAAAAUGCAGCAGGGAUCGAAUCGAGUGACAAGGUUGAAAAGAGCAGAAAAGCUAUGGAAGAACUUGAAAGGGAAUACGAAAAGUCGAGAGCAUUUCAGUUAUCUCGAGGUGCUGGGGGUGUAACGGGAAUUGGACUUGGCUUUGGCCACACCGAGCAGCCUUAGCUGAUAACGAGGUCGACCUCGUUUUAACAGGUUAACAGCAGCACAGUUGCUCAAGGCUUUCUAGCUGUACCCUCAAAGAAAACUAAUUGCGGGUUAAUGUUUCAUUGAUGCAAUCCUCCCAUUGUAGAUUGGUUUUUAAGUCUGCUUGUUCAUGAAAUGGAGGCCAUGAAUUUCAGCGAAACCGUUUGUCGAAUAACCAAAAGGAAUCAUGUGCUUGGUUUAUAUAUGUUGUCGGUCAGUUAGAGCUGUUCCUUUUGCUGGAAAAAUAGAAACAUAUAAAAACGAACCAUGCAAAUAUCUACUGUAAUGUCUGUAUUGGAUUGUUUUCAUUUUUUAACCUCGCGUUAUGAUUGUAAUUUUGUUCAUGUAUAUGUAAGAUAGACUCAUAGAAGAAAGAUCAUUCAAUAAUGUAUGCGAUAAAA